UACAUCAACGCUAAAAACAGCUUGAAAGGCAGAACUGUCUGACAGGAAUGGAACAGAAAGCGGAGUCGUGAGUAGCUUCAUGUGGGCAGCAGGCAUCCAUGCAGGACCAGUGCGCGUCGGAGCGGCCUCAGGUGAGCACGUGGAAAAAAUAAUGAAGAUCUUUCAGCUAUUGGUUCUCAUAUCCCAGUGGCCAGCUUUGCCAGCCCUUUUCACGGUUGAAAUGUUGAAGCCCUUGUAUACAGUGGAGUUCAAGGACACAGUAAGAAUUGAGUGUAGGUUUUCAAUCAAUGACAACUUCCAGCAGGACCAUCUGUCAGUCUUCUGGCAUCAGCUGCUGCCCAACAACACUGACCUGGAGGUGUUCAGGAUGUUUCGCGGAACAGAGAGCCUGAAAUCACAGCAUACACGGUAUAAAGGCAGGGCAAGUCUCAUGACGGAGCCACUGAAGGACGGCUUGGCCGUACUGCAGAUCUCAAAUGUUCAGAUAGAAGACUCUGGGAGGUACAGAUGUCUCAUUGACCUAAAUGGUGAUCCCGACUACAAGGAAACUACACUCAGUGUGAAGGCUUCGUACAAUAACAGCGCUGCCAAGUUCUUUGUGAUGAGGCGGCCUGAAAAUAAGAGUGAAGUGGAGCUUAUCUGCCAAUCGCAAGGAUACCCCCCAGUAAAGGUGCUCUGGAGGGACAGCAAAGGUCGCAACCUCACCAGUCACGCUAUGAGUAACGGAUUCUUUGGCACAAACCACCUCUUCCAAGUGAGCAGCAGACUCAACGUCCCAGCACCCACUCUUGAAACCUUCAGCUGCACCUUCUGGAAUGAAUCUUUGAAGAAUCCUUUCACUGCCUUUUUGACGAUUCCAGAUGUUAUACAGACCUCUGGUGCCAUGGAAACAUCCCAUCUGCCACCUCUUGUAGUGCCUUUUUCUGUUGUGAUUGUCACGGUAGUAACCAUGGUGGUGGUUGGUGUCAUAUUGUGGAAGAAGAAGCGUCCAUGUCAAGCACACAUCGGGAAAUCCCACAGGAGAAUGAGCGAGCUUCAUAUUCCGAUUAACUCUGUUAAAGAUCCCAUACGGAACACUGAAGAUCUUCAGGAAUUAUUGAAGGAGAGAUACAUGAGCCAUGCAGCAGAGGGCUAUAUGACAUGGAGUGAGGAAGUGCCUUUAUUUGGACAAUUAGCCAACAGUAGCAGCCAACCUCAGAGACUACAGGAAGUGCUGCGGGAAACGGAAAGACUGCACGUCCUAGAAGAGGCUUCUCAGGAGGAUCAGAGCAGUUUGUGCCGAGCCCUGGCCAGAACUUGGGCAGACUCCAAUGCCAGCGAUCCUUAUGGUGUGAAAAAAUAUUCACUCAUCUUCUUGCUGCAGCUCACUGAUUCGGUGUGGGACAUUUUUGGGGAACUGAUUAAACAGUUGAUACCCAGGGACAAGAGUAGUACAGAAGAGCUGCAGGUGAUGCUGAUGGGAGCUGGCAGCAUCCUGUUGAUUCUGGAUCAGAAUGGAGUUAACAACACAGCGUCAGAAGAGUCUCUUAGAACGAUUCUCCACAAGUACCAGAACUUGGAAAUUCUACUUACAAAACACCUGGAAGGACAACAUAUAUCAUGAAGUGCAUUCAGAUCUGCAUUCCACUUAUUUUUACAUUUUUUGUUGAUAUUCAUGUUAACUUGUGGCCAUCAGCUUAAGGACUCCACACAGUUGCAAGACUGAACUGUAAAACUGUAAAGAUGUUUCUGCUGGUGUGCAAAGUGCACUUUUCUAAUAUAAAUCUAAGUGAAAUAUAUGAUUUGCAAGAAGGCUAUGCCUGGGCAUUGCCCACAUUAACAUUCUUUAUUUCAUUCAACUGCUACACCCUGAUCAUAAAAUUCAUAGACUAGUAUGUGCUGUAUGAUUAGGACCUGGCUGAUACACCUCACUUAACCUGCCUGGCAGCACCAUUGCAGUGGACUGGGCAUGGCAUGAAUGAGAAGAAUGCCUAUCAGGGUGGGCAGCAGUACACAAGUUUGACAUUUCGCCAAGCAACACGUUAAUGCAAUCUUUGUAUUUCAUGACAAGCACUUUCUAAAUGGUGUGGUGAAAAUGAAAUUACUUAGUUAGUUAAGCAUAUAUUUUAUAGUGCUAUCUGCACUUAAUGACUUUAAGAGGAGCGCACAUGAAUGUUGCACACAUUGCUGAAUCAAACAUAAUUUUAGAGACAUUUUAUAUAAGCAAUGAAGUCUAGAGCAGCAAGACAAGCUGGGCAAUUUGCUAAUUUGUCAUUUAAUAAAAUCAGAAUGUAUUAUGA